AUGGGUCUUGUGGGUGCAUGUGGAAUAUCAGUGCUGUGCAAUUUGAUGAGAGUCUACAACUUUAUUCAAACAUGCAGUGAUUCUGAUAAUGAAACUGAAAGCAAAAAGAGUUCAUCCUCACCUGGCAAUCUUCUGAGAGGGAACUGGACAACAGCUCUCCAGUUUUGGUUACUGACUGUCCUCCUGUCUCUGGUGGGUUCGAGGGUUUCCUCUCUGAUAGUGCUGGAGUUUACUCUCAGAGCUGUGUCUACCUGGCUAACAGCAGGACUGAAAGCCAAUGGCAGAGGCCUGGACCUGCUCCUGAUCCAGUGCCAGUUCACCCUGGGUUGCGGCCUCACCUGUACUCUUGGCUUCCUCCAUCAGGGGGCUCCACACAGCUCCUUCAGCCUGUUUCUGGCAGCUGCUCUCAGCUGGGCACUGGCAAGUGUCAGCCACAGUCUGUGGAGCCAUGUGGCCAGACUCUACCCACUACAUAGCAGAGCUCGUUACUGUGGGAAGUGCAUUACCCUCCUGGCCUCCGGACACACCAUACUGGCUUCACUUCAAAGAGUGGUUGUCUUGGUCUUUGCUAUAGCAACUGUGGCUUCCACCGCUACAGUUUAUGACCACUUCCUGUCCCAGAAGGAUGCUCUAAAGUUUUGGACUCCAUUAACACUCUGCUACUCAAUGUUGGUGGUCUACAUCCAAGAGGAUCAGCAGCGUAAGACUGUCACAGAGGCUCUGUUGCACACUGUAGUGCUGCGGCUGGGAGCCUUACUGGUGCUUAUGCUGAUCGUGGGCAACUGGUCUGAUGUCCUCCAUGUCCUCAUCACUUUUGUGGGUGAAGCAGUCAGCCUGCUGCCCUCUCAGGACCUGCUGAAAGCCGUGUUACAGGAAGAAGAGGACACAAGCUUGAAAUAUGAACAGAUCUCCAGUCAUAAAACAAGGAAACAGACGAUGGAAACAUCAUCAGAUGGCAGAUGAUGGUGUACCCGAAAUCUACCUUUGAAAAACGGAGACUACCUCGAA